AUGUCUGACGCCGAUGUUCCUCAGCCCAAGCCCGAGGGCGGUGAGCAGCUCAACAUCAAGGUGAAGGACGCCGACGGAAACGAGGUCUUCUUCAAGGUCAAGCGCACCACCAAGCUGUCCAAGCUCAAGAAGGCGUACGCCGAGAGGAUGGGCAAGCCCGAGAACAGCGUCCGCUUCAUCUUUGAUGGCCAGCGUAUCGGCGACAACGACACCGCCGAGACCCUCAACAUGGAGGACCAGGACGAGAUCGACGCCAUGAUCGAGCAGCUCGCCAACUUCUCAUCUUCGCUUCUCAACCCGACUCUGCUUUCCAGCCUGGCUCUCAUCCGCAAGGCUCGCACUCUUCAUCGGCCACCGUUCGCAUUGACAGAAGUCUUUCGCAUCUUCAUUGCAUCCUGCGCAGAUACUAACGACAUGCUACGAUCAAGAUCGGCGUGCAUCGGCUUCUGCGCCGGAGGGUAUCACAAGGAGGCAUUCGAGUUUGUCAUGGUCGACCCAUAA